CGUUAUCAAAGUAUAGUAGAUUGCAUAUAAAAAAAAUGUAAUUCAAUAAAAUAUAUAUAAUGAACGAAAUAAUUUAUACAUUAAGUAUCUCUGCAUAGUGAUAUUUAUAGGUGCAGAUGUCAAAUUCAGACCAGUAACUUAUUAAAACAUGUCAACACUCAGUUUAAAUGACACAUGUCCUGGAAACCUUCACGGAACUUCCGCAGAACUCUUUUUGACGCUAUUGAACACUUUGUUGACUGCCAAGUGUUCCUUGGGCAACCCCAAAAAUUACCCCGUAGAUUUCGGACCAAAUAUAAGAAACGGAGAUGAGUUUGAUUUUAUUGUAAUCGGAGGAGGUUCUGCAGGAUCAGUGCUGGCCAACAAAUUGAGCGAAAAUCAGGACUGGAGAGUAUUGGUUCUGGAAGCUGGCGGACUGCCAUCUGCUACUAGUGAUAUACCAGGGUUGAUGUACAACCUUCAAGAAACCGAAGAAGAUUGGGCUUACAAAACAGAACCGCAAAACACCAGCUGUUUGUCAAUGAAAAACAAACAAUGCAAGUGGCCGCGAGGGAAAGUACUCGGAGGAAGUAGCGUUUUAAAUGCCAUGCUGUACGUCAAAGGUAAUAAGGCAAACUACGACCACUGGGCAGAACUCGGCAACACUGGUUGGGAUUGGGACAGCAUUAAGGAAUAUUUUACGGAAUUGGAGCAAGUACUACCACCAGCAUCUGAGACUACGCCGCUAGGAACUGAUGGGUUGUUGCCUUUAACUAAACACUAUUCAAAUGAACCAAUCAAAAUGUCACUGCAGGAAGCCUAUGAACAAGUGGGAAUAAAAUACUUAGAAGAGCAGAACCCCGAAAAACCAAUCGGUACCGUAGAUGUACCCUUGUGCAUCGACAGAGGCCAAAGAGCUAACACAGGCAAAAAGAUAUUAGGCAACUAUCAAAACAGAACUAACCUCUUAAUCUCGUUGCAUUCUUUCGUGCAAAAAAUAACAAUCGAAGAAAAAGUAGCUAAAGGCGUAGAAGUGGAGAUAGGAGGCAACUUAUUAAAACUGAAAGCUAAAAAAGAGGUGGUUCUAUCGGCAGGUGCCAUUAAUUCACCACAACUGUUGAUGUUAUCCGGCAUUGGACCUAAAGAGAAUUUGCAGAGCCUUGGGAUAGACGUGGUGGAAGAUUUACCGGUCGGACAGUUUAUGCAGGACCAUAUGAUAUCUUGGCAUGAAAUAAAACUGUCUUUGGACGCUAUUCGUUAUCCGAAAGGACCUGCUGAUCCUUUGUAUGAAUAUUUUAUACGUCAAGAAGGUCCUCUAAGUUCUCUUUCACUUACGAACUUCUUGACCUUCUUAAAUACCAAAAACGAUUCGAUGUGGCCCGACUUUGGGUUUCACUACUUUUUAUUUCCUCCAAACGACCAGCUACUCGGCCCUGGCGUCAGGAAGGGUGUAGGAUUUGUUGACAGUAUAGCGACCACUAUGAGCAAUGAAUGCAAAUCGAAUCCUUGUCUAAUGAUGAUUCCUACUUUACUCACUCCUAAAUCUAUGGGACAGAUUAUGUUGAAGAGCAAAAACCCUCGAGAUUAUCCACUGAUCUAUUCGGGAUCUUUUACCGACAAAGAUGAUGAGGAUAUUACAGUUAUGGUAGAAGCAAUAAGAUUCAACGAACGGUUAAUCCAAACUCCGGCUUUACAAAAAUACAACCCCGAAGUCAUCAGAUUCCCAAUACCAGAGUGCGACAAAUUAGAAUACGGAAGUGAUGCAUAUUGGGCGUGCUUUAUGAGGAAUGUGGCCUCCACGUUGUACCAUCCAACUAGUACCUGCAGGAUGGGUGUUCAAAAAAAUGAAUCAGUGGUGGAUCCGAGAUUACGGGUGCAUGACGUUAAGAAUUUAAGGGUGGUCGAUGCUAGUAUUAUGCCGAGGGUGACCAGCGGUAAUACGCAUGCGCCUAGUAUGAUGAUUGGUUUCAAGGCUAGUGUUAUGAUUAAGGAAGAUUGGUUAAGCUGAUGUACCGAUGUAUGAUCGACGAUUUAGUUUAGGCGUCGAUUUUUGUCAAAUUUUGUUGUAAAAUUGAAAUAUAUAUAUAUAUUUUUAAACCAAAUGAAUAUGAA